GAUGACUCGACAGAGCUUCGACUCAACCGGCCAGUCAACCUCCAGGGAGUCACCAACAGUAACGAACACAUAUUAGAAGGUUAUCUGUUACUCCACCACCAACCUUAAAUCUCUCCAGUUACUCCAUAUCUCUUCUCUUUCAUCAUCAAUAGUGUAAACUACGACUCUACAAGGGCCUUCCUCCCACCGUUUGACGCAGCAAUCGGGUUUAAUGGUCCGGCGAACCUAUUGUUCGUCUCGAUACGCAAGUCAGCUAUCUUCAUCUUGAUUGGAUAGCACCGCGACGCGGCAUCAUGGCCAGCAAAUCUGCCAAGCAAUUACCGCACGAGAAGCGGAAAGGCGAGGCCGCCCUGAGCGACUUCGCCGAGUACGUUGAGAAGCAGCAGGCCCUGCGCUACCCAAGCUCCAAGGCUGCGACGGCAGCUUCCACUACUGCGGCCCAGGGCAAUCAUGACCAUCACGAAGAGCUGGACGACAUCCUCGACAGCCUCGAUCUCUCCGACUCGGCCCCCCGCGUCAGGUUACGAGAGCUCCUUCUCUCGAGCAGCGGAGACGCGGAUGCGCUGCAAAAGCUGGUCGACGUCGUCCAGGAGCGUCUGCUGGAGGGCCACGGCGAGACCGUGUUCGACAUUGGCUUUGAGAAUAAUGGGGAGAGCAUGAAGCUGUCCCGCGAUGACUGGGACCGGGCAUACAAGCGGUUGAGCGAGGCGGCGAAGAGGUUGCGGGCCGAUACCCAGCUCUUGUUGACCAAGAAUGUGGGCGGGCCCCUUGAUGGAGCGCCUACGAAAGACGGAGAUUGCAGCGGGAAAGUCAUGAUUCGCAGAGCCCCAGCCACGGUUGAGGACGUGAUCGAGACGAGGAUAGCUGUGGUGGGGAAUGUUGACGCUGGGAAGAGCUCCAUGCUUGGCGUGCUCGUCAAGGGCGACCUUGAUGACGGCCGAGGGAAGGCUCGUGUCAACCUGUUCCGUCACAAACACGAGAUCGAGACGGGGCGGACGUCCUCGGUUGGCAUGGAGAUCAUGGGCUUCGACACCACGGGCCAGGUCAUAGUCUCUGAUACUCCGGGCCGUAAACUGUCUUGGGAGGAGAUCGGGAAGCGCAGCGCCAAAGUCAUCACUUUUACUGAUUUGGCCGGCCACGAACGCUACCUGCGCACGACUGUCUUUGGACUUUUAUCAAGCAGCCCCAACUACUGCUUGCUUAUGGUGGCAGCGAACAAUGGGCUGAUUGGCAUGAGCAAAGAGCACCUCGGCAUUGCCCUUGCCCUGAAUGUGCCGGUCAUGGUGGUCGUCACCAAAAUUGAUAUCUGUCCGCCUCAGAUUCUGGAGCAGACCAUUACUCAAAUAACGCGCAUUCUCAAAAGCCCCGGUGCGAGGAAAAUACCCAUCUUUAUCAAGAACCACGAGGAAUGCAUCAACACGGCGACUCAGUUCGUCAGCCAGCGUAUCUGUCCCAUCUUCCAGGUCUCCAAUGUCACGGGCGAGAACCUGGACCUGGUCCGCUCGUUCCUCAACAUUCUUCCGCACCACGGUCGGUACGAUGCCGACGCCCCGUUCGAGUUUCAUGUCAAUGACACCUUCAGCGUGCCUCACGUGGGCACCGUGGUCAGCGGUAUUGUCAAAUCCGGGGUUAUCCACGCUGGCGAUGACGUCCAAAUAGGGCCUGACUCGCUGGGACGUUUUACACAGACCUCCAUCCGCUCUAUCGAGAGGAAAAGGAUAGGGGUGCCUGCGGCAUCGGCUGGGCAGUCUGCCUCGUUCGCGUUGCGACGCGUUCGACGGAAAGACGUACGCAAAGGCAUGGUGGUCUUGCCCAAGGCCGACGGUGCCCCUCCCAAGGUGUACCGCGAGUUCGUUGCUGAAGCAGUGCUCAUCUUAUCGCACGCAACGACGAUUAAAACCAAGUACCAGGCCAUGUUGCACGUCGGUCCCGUCUCGCAGACGUGCGCAAUCAUUGAUGUCGACCGUCCGUUCAUCCGGACCGGCGACAGGGCCACGGUGGCCUUUCGGUUCGUCCAGCGGCCCGAGUAUCUGGCGCCUGGGGACCGUCUCCUCUUCAGGGAGGGGCGGACUAAGGGGCUCGGUAUCGUCAAAAGCGUCGGCUACGACCCGUCCAAGCCGCUCAUGCCGAAGCAGCCGGAGGAAGCAGACGCAGACGCCGGCGACGGGCAGAGAACUGCUGAGGCGGUCGGCGGUGCGGAAAAGGAUGACGGGGCGAAGACCUGA